AUGUUGAAUGCCGACGAGAAUCGUCAGCAUACCGUGGCAGUCAUCAAGGAUGCAGCUGAGGACCGCUCCUGGCGUGUUAGGCUGACAGUUGCCAAGAACUUUGAUCAGCUUUGCCAAGCCUUUGGCCCGGAGUUGACAGCUCAGAAGUUGAUGCAGCCGUUCAUCCAGCUCAUGAAGGACAACGAGCAGGAAGUGAGAAAGGAGGCUGUGAGGGUGAUUGAGGCCUGUCUCAAUCUGCCAGAGCCUCUCACAUCCGAGCAGCUCCAGCAGCACAUUCUGCCGCAGUUCCAAGCCCUGGGCCUGGAUCCUGCGCAGUCCGUGCGAGCCGCCCUGGCACAAGUUUUGGGGCCAGUGGCGAAGGCCCUCGGACGUGACGUUACGCAGCGACAGCUGCUGAGCCUGAUCUCCGACCUCAUGAAGGACGAGUUCCACGACGUGCGGCUGAAUAUCGUCUCGCAUGCCGGCCUCAUCUGCGAAGUUUUGAGUGUGGAUGGUCUGGUCCACUCACUCUUGCACACGGUGCAGAACCUGAUCAUGGACAACCACUGGCGCAUCCGUCAGAGCGUUGUAGAGCAAGUUCCGAAGCUCUCGCGGCUGUUCGGCAUGGAGAUGUUCCAGUCCAAGCUGGAGACCAUCUUCCUGUCCAGCUUGCGCGACUCCGUGCACUCGGUGCGUCAGGCCGCGAUACAGCACCUGAAAGAGAUCGCCGAUACCUUUGGUUCUCAGUGGACCGUGGAACAUCUACUGCCUAAGCUUGUCGAGCAGUACUCUGGCAGCGUAGGCUAC